AUGGCAAUUGGCACACCCUUCAGGGAACCUAAUUCGAAGCAGCGCGGUUCACUGACUUCGCAAUUAAAGGAAAAUUUCAUCGAAGUGGGAGUUACCUCGCAAGACCGUUUAAAUCAAGUUGAAGUUGAGAAAUUUCACAAAUACGACCUGCUUGCAAACGAACUGUUGGUUCUCGAUGAAGCAAAAGUGAAGAUUAUUCCAAUUGUCUUGACACGGGAUGGAGUUAUCUCAAAGUUCUUUAAAAGUCAUAUGGACAAGUUAUCCAAUCAACUUGCGGAGCUGGCAUGUCGUGAGGACACUCAGUUGAAUAAAAUCAUUGACGCAGAAAUAGAAAAUGAAAGGAAGUUUAUGGAAAACUCUUCUUCCAAGCGAAAGAGAAAUCACUGA